AUGAGUGCGCAACAAAACACCGCCAACUCUAGCAGCUCAAAGGGUUUACCAGCUUUACAUGGUGUUAAAAUCAAAGCGAGAAAGGGUCAACAAAAAGCUCAAGCUAAAUACGAACCUACUAUUUUUAGAGAUAGUAUUUUAAAAACACUUUUGGAAGCUCAGCCUGGAAGCUUUGAAGAGAUAUCUCAGAAAUUAGAUUCAUCUGGAAAUACCCUCGAGUUUAGAAAAUACGGCGAAACCUUAUUCGAAAUUCUUUUUACCGGUGGUGUAUUAGCCCCCGGAGGCACAAUUGUUGACGAUGGAGCAGAACGUAGUCCAUUUUCAAUUUUCACUGCCGAAGAUAAUAUCGAAAGUAUCAAAAAGCAUGUUGAAGUUUUUAAUAAGCUAAUUCGCCGUUACAAAUAUUUGCAACGUAGUUUCGAAGAAACUAUUAAAAAUUUACUACAAUAUAUUAACAAAUGGAGCACCGAGGAAAAUAAUAAACUUGCCACUGCAAUUGGCUUGUUUGCUUCUG